AUGGCACCCAAAGUUCUCUUCGUCCUCAGCUCCCACGACCAGAUGGGCAACACAGGCAAGCCCACUGGCUGGUACCUUCCCGAGUUUGCCCACCCAUACUACAAGCUCGAGGGAAAGGCAGAUAUCACUGUCGUUUCUCCCAAAGGAGGCGCAGCACCUCUCGACCCAUCAUCCGUUGAGAUGUUCAAAGAGGACCCCGAGUCAAAGAAGUUCCUCGCAGAGAAAGAGUCUCUCUGGAAGAACACCGAAGUCCUCAGCAAGUACCUCGGAAAAGCCUCCGAGUUCGACGCAAUCUUCUACGUGGGAGGCCACGGACCCAUGUUCGACCUCGCAACCGACUCUCAGUCCCAUCAAUUGAUCAAGGAAUUUUACGAGGCUGGAAAGGUCGUGAGCGCUGUAUGCCAUGGACCGGCCGCGCUUGCGAAUGUCAAGCUUAGUGAUGGAAGCUACCUCGUGAACGGUAACGAGGUGACCGGUUUCACCAACGCCGAGGAGGACCAGGUGCAGCUUUCCAGCGUCAUGCCUUUUAUGCUUGAGACGCAGCUCACUAAGAACGGCGGCAAGUUCGUCAAGGCGGAUGAGCCUUGGGCCGCCAAGGUUGUGAGCAGCGGAAAGGGAGGCAAGCUCAUCACUGGCCAGAACCCAAACAGUGCUUCGCCUAUUGGGGAGGCUAUCCUCAAGGCUCUUUGA